AGUAGUGUGUCCACUUUUGAGAAAAAAGCAUCACAGGCACUUUGCUCUAUGCUGUGCACUACAGGAGACCAGUGCUUUGCAAGUUUUUUUUUUUUUUUGGGAAGUGGAAUUUACACCAGGGCUAUAUUUGUGGUUCUUGUCUACUGCAGUGGUUAUAGCCGCUGUGCCGUCCUGAUCAAAACCCCCGACUAGACCGCAUUACACAAGUGUUUGAGACGUAACGAACAACCAUGACCCCCAUCAACUCGCCCAGAGACAAAUACAAUGCAGUAUGGAUCAUCUUUUUUGUUCUGGGACUGGGAACCCUUCUGCCAUGGAACUUCUUCAUGACAGCCACCAUGUACUUCACCAGCAGGCUGAAAGACCCGCCUAGCGAGCUCUCCAUCAAUCGGACGGCCAACGGCACACGGGAGGGGGGCGACACCCGCAAUGUCCUGGAGUCCAAGUUCAACAACGUAAUGACGCUGUGCGCCAUGGUGCCUCUGCUCAUCUUCACAUGCCUCAACUCCUUCAUCCACCAGAGGAUCCCUCAGAAGCUGCGUAUUUCGGGCAGCCUGUCGGUCAUCCUGGUGGUCUUCCUGCUGACGGCCCUGCUUGUCAAGGUGGAUGUGACCCCGCUGCCCUUCUUCACCCUCACCAUGAUCAAGAUCAUCUUCAUCAAUUCGUUCGGGGCGGUUCUGCAGGGUAGCCUGUUCGGGCUAGCUGGGAUCUUACCCGCCGCCUACACCACGCCCAUCAUGAGCGGCCAGGGCUUCGCUGGGACCUUUGCCGCCAUUUCCAUGAUCUGCGCCCUGGCCACUAUGAAACACAUAACGCCAAGUGACACCAAAUCCACCGACUCGGCCUUGCGGGAGAGCGCCUUCGGCUACUUUAUCACAGCGUGCUUCGUUAUUCUCAUCGCCAUCAUCUCCUACCUCACGCUGCCCAAGAUGGCGUUUUUCCAGUACUACAUGGAAAGUAACCGGUCCAAGUCAUCAGCUGAUGACGAGAACAAAAUGGACCUUCUCAGACAAGGUACGUUCCUGUUAAUUCAUUUGCUCAUAUGUAUUGAUAAGAGCGGCGGGUUCCCUUGUCCCUCAGAGAAUGGAAAGGAGCGUCCGAUGGCAAGUCUGACAGAAGACGACGGCAAAGUGAACGUGUCUGUGGUCAAAAUCUUUCGCAAGAUCUGGGUGAUGGCUCUGUCCGUGUGCUUCAUCUUCACCGUCACCAUCGGGACGUUCCCGGCCGUCACCGCCGACGUCAGGUCCACGGUGGCCAGUGAAGGCAGCUGGGAAACUUACUUCAUCCCCGUGUCGUGUUUCCUUCUCUUCAACGUGAUGGACUGGGCCGGCCGCAGCCUGACGGCCGUCUGCAUGUGGCCUGGCAAGGACAGCCGGUGGCUGCCCUCUCUGGUGGUCAUGCGGCUGGUGUUCGUGCCGCUGUUCAUGCUGUGCAACGUGCAGCCUCGGUACUACCUGCCCGUCGUCUUCUCGCACGACGCCUGGUACGUCGUCUUCAUGGUUCUUUUCGCCUUCUCCAACGGCUACCUGGCCAGCCUUUGCAUGUGCUUCGGACCCAAGAAAGUGUCACAGCAGGAGGCGGAGACGGCGGGGGCCGUCAUGGCCUUCUUCUUGUCCCUGGGCUUGGCGCUGGGAGCCGCGAUCUCCUUCGCCUUCCGUGCUAUCGUCUAAAAUUGCCGCUGCCACGUACAUACUGCAAAGUGCACACACACAACGUAACGCAGUCCAUUCUUCCCGUGACUGUGGGUGAAGGCCACCGCUGAGAGGAAGACCAGAGGCCCCCCUAUUCACCCCCCCUCCACCCCCACUUGGCCUUCCCAUGGCAACCACAUAAGCUAAGAAAGGGACUGACACUUUUGCGCUGACUGGUUGUUACUCAGCAUUCAACCUGGUAACCAUCAAUAUUUUUUUUUUCUUUCAAACAACGACUGAAAUAAGGACGGACUAACGAUUGUAUGGCAAGAGCCUCCCUCGAUUAUAACUUAUUUGAGACAUUUUACGAAUGAGGCUCCUUUCAAUAUAUAUUUAUGGCUAUUUUGUUCUAGUUUUGUUUGUUUCAAAAAUACUUGUACAAAUAGAUUACUUCAGGCCACAGCAAGGAGUAUCAAAAUCUAAAAUUUUGCCAGCCUAUACGAAAAUUUAAAAAAAGGCAUAAUUUUCACAAGAAUUAAGUAGUAAUAUUUCAACAGUCAUGAGAAUAAAGUCAUUUUACAUGGAAACUUUAUUCCCAUAAAAUUCUAGUGAUGUUAAAGACGCUAUUCUCAUUUUCUCAAUAUUAUCACGAUUAUUUUUGUUGGACCACAAAAAUAUUGGACGAACUAUCUGGAUUGCUGUGAGUCUUUUAGCACAGGUGCUAAUUCUAAGUACUUUUCCAUUGUCUUGUGAAAAGGUAGAUAUAGCACAAGAGUGAAAAAUGAAUAUUUUUCCUACAUUUAGCUGGGAUAAAGGUGUAAAUUUAUAACAACUUUUGUUCUCAGAAGAAGGACUAUUUUCCAAGAUGUUUAUUUUAAUAUUACCACAAACAAGUCAUUCAGUAGUCUAAAAAGUUUUUAUUCUGAGGAAUUAUGACUUGUAUUGUGUAUUAUUUUUGGGUCAUAAAAUUACAUUUCACCCUUAAUUUUUGUGAGGGGACUUUUUUUUUUUUAAAGAUGCUUGAAAAUUGAUGGGAAACAUUUUAUUCUUGGACAGCUUUUUUGGGGGUGGGGGCUACAACUAAGACCUAGCAAAAAUGUAAAUAAUUUAGCUCUAUUGCAGAUAAGAUUUAUUUGAUUUUAUUCAUACAAAAUGGACUUUACAUACUGUAUAUAUUCAAUACAUUUUAUUUUUUUGUAAUUCAUUUGAGAAAACUACUCAAAAUCAGACUUUUUCUUGUGUAAGCACAUGCUAAUCUAGUUCAAGUGGAAAGUAAAAGGUUCUCAAAAUUGCCUAAAUUCUCAACUAUUUCUGAGGAAGUAUGAAUGUACAUUACAGGAAACGUGUAAAAUGAAGCUUAGUCUCAUAAAAUGCCUUGUCAUAUUCUGUCUGCAUGCAUCAUGUAAAUGUUUCCUGAUUUCUUGUAAAAUAACCCCCCCCCCCGGCCUUCCAUUACAACUUUCUCAUGACCUUUAUUCUCAUGACUAUUUUCCAAAGGUUUUCUCGUAAUAUUCCAAAAUUGGCAUCGUAUUAACUUUCCUCAAUUAGUUUCUUUUAAUAGUUUAAUAGCCCCCUCACCGUCCUAGCUUCUCUUCAGCGUGGUUCAAUGAACAACAAAGUCUCUUGUGUUGCAAUGUUCCACCUGCUGUCACUGCUGCCAUUUGAGUAUCCAGUAUUUUUUUUACCAUCUCGGAGUUUAUUUUUGUAUGGUUGUCAAUAGCAUAGAGCAUAGUUUAUUUUUUUUUCUGAUGUGGCCUUCAUUUUGUAUUCGAAUGCAUUAGAUGCAAAGAAGCUUAAAAAGCACAAGUUGGCUUUGUUUACUUGAGUUGGCAUUACGUUCACUUGCAGUACAGGACAAUAUAUGUAUUUUUAAGGCUA